CUUACCUGAGGAGGUCCAACCGGUUGAAAUUUAAAUGUAUUUUUAAAAUCCUGACUGUUUAUGUGUACAGUGUAUGGAAUAUACUCUAGUGAUCUCCGACGUAUACAUAAGAACAAGAAGUUUAACUAAAGAUUCUGUAAAGGGUACCCGUGCUUUUACUGAACCAUUAUAUCCAACACUGCAUAUCCCUCCUUUGGGGAAUCGUUAAUAUUGUGCUUCCCAGGAAGUAAAAUAUGAAGCAUCCGAGAAAACUGAAAAUGUUAUUUCAAUUACUUCUAUCCAUAUGCCUCUUUAAAGAAGGACAUACCAACUGUUCUUCAACCAACGUUAGUUAUGUGGAAAGCUGCCCACAAUCAAAGGAUGCCAUGGAGAUUGCCACAGCGAAAUUUAAAUGUGACAGUGAAUGUCAUUCUCUGAAAUAUCAUUGUCUCCCAGAUACACAGAUGGAAAGAUAUAUUGAAGUUUGUGCCGAGGAGGGCGUAAUCAUUGGGCAAGUGUGUCCAGAAUAUAACACUCUUGGUAGAAGAGUUCAAGCAAACAGACAUAAUAUACAAGCUAACUGUGCUAUUAAUGAAAUACCAUGUCCACAUGCGUACUUAUCGACGGAAUUCCAAAAAUAUCAAAGUUGUUUCCCUGUACUCCGGAUGACUUCAACUGGUAUAUACACAAGGGACCAUGAAAACGACAGUGACGACGAGCUGCACGUACCCCUGCCGAUUAUUGUUGCGGUACCUUUCAUUAUUGGAAUUUUAUGCAUAAGUCCUAUCGCCUUGCGUCUUGUCAAGAAGUACAAAAAUCACAGUUGGUCAAAAGAAGUAUGUACAUCCAAUCACGAAGAUACGAAGGAAGAAGAAAAUCUAACAGAUAAUACUAUUGUAUAAAGAUGAAUUGAAAUCCCUUGGAAGCACCGUACCACCACUAUUUUUCAACUAAAUACAUUGCAAUAUCGAUAUUAAUACUGUUAAUUCAUUGAUACAAUGAUUUUAAGGAUAAAAUGCAAAAUUGACUAUACGAUACAACGAUUUGAUUGAAUGCAAGUAGACACAUCAGAACUAUUCUUUUUCACUAAUAACCACUGUACAUGUGAUUUGUUUUCGUAACGAUUAUUCAUAUACAACGUACAUACAGAGUAAAUAGCGACGAUUUGGUGUGUUUUAGUUGAACAAUUCAGCUAAUCAUCACAUUCAAUGAUUGAACAUUCCAAGCAGUUAUAUUUUUUCAGCUAUGUUCACUACUGUUAUUUUUUGACGAUUCGACUCAAUGUAAUCGAACAUGUAUUUUUUUUUUAUAAUUAUCAAUCAUUUCACUGUUGUUAACUUUCGACGAAUCGAUUCAAUGUAAUCGAACACGCAAAAUUGUUAUAUUCACCAAUUAUCAUCACUGGUGUUGACUUCUGACGAUUCGAUUCAAUAUAAUCGAACACGCAAAAUUGUUAUAUUCACCAAUUAUCAUCACUGGUGUUGACUUCUGACGAUUCGAUUCAAUAUAAUCGAAUAUGUAAAAUUGUCAUAUACAUCAAUCAUUAUCACUGGUGUUGACUUCUGACGAUUCGAUUCAAUAUAAUCGAAUAUGUAAAAUUGUCAUAUACAUCAAUCAUUAUCACUGGUGUUGACUUCUGACGAUUCGAUUUAAUAUAAUCGAAUAUGUAAAAUUGUCAUAUACAUCAAUCAUUAUCACUGGUGUUGACUUCUGACGAUUUGAUUCAGUAUAACUGAACAUGCCAACUUUUUGUAUUCAUCAAUCAUUAUCAAUGUCGUUAAAUUCUGACGAUUCGAUUUAAUAUAAUCGAACAUGUAAAAUUGUUUUGUUUGCCAAUCAUUAUCUUUGAGGACUCGAUUCAUAUAAUCGAACAUGUAAAAUUGUUAUGUUUGCUAAUCAUUAUCUUUGAGGAUUCGAUUCAAUAUAAUCGAAUAUAUGUAAAAUUGUUAUGUUUGCUAAUCAUUAUCUUUGAGGAUUCGAUUCAAUAUAAUCGAAUAUAUGUAAAAUUGUUAUGUUUGCUAAUCAUUAUCUUUGAGGAUUCGAUUCAAUAUAAUCGAAUAUAUGUAAAAUUGUUAUGUUUGCUAAUCAUUAUCUUUGAGGAUUCGAUUCAAUAUAAUCGAAUAUAUGUAAAAUUGUUAUGUUUGCUAAUCAUUAUCUUUGAGGAUUCGAUUCAAUAUAAUCGAAUAUAUGUAAAAUUGUUAUGUUUGUCAGUUACUAUCAGAAUGAUUAACUUAAUUUCAACGAUUCGAUUAAACACAAUUGAAGAGUU